UCCCCCCUAGAUUUCUCUGGAUUUCUCACUCCUUUUUGCCCCAACACGAUUGAUUGGUUUGUUGCAAGCUUCCAUCUCUUUCUUCGAAAUCCAGCAAGCCAUCUUACAUAACAACUACCUCGUCGCUCGCGGCGCACGUUAGCGCCUUCGCUUUCGGUAUUUUGUCACACCAUUCCUAAAAAGGUUUUCUGCCAACUGCUCUGAGAAUUUCGGGUUUUGGCUUUGUUUCUCUCCGUGAAUCGGCUGCUCUUGGGGGAUUCUCAGAGAGGAGGAACGUGGAACUUAGAGGCAUAAGCUCCGUGAACGAGUUUUGUGUUUGUCAAUAGAUAUCAGAUCCUCUCUGUUUGUUAAAUGAUUGGAAGCAGGCAGGUAUUUUGGCAUGUGGGGUCGUCAUUGUGAGAUUUCAUCCAUGACUAUGUACAAGCGUGUGUCUUCAAGGGAUAAUACAAACAUGGUAGACAUGGAAGAAAACUCAGCUCUUGUAGAUAAUAGCUUGGACAAGGAAAGUUCAAAUCCUUCGUGGAAGCUUUCUUUGCCACAUGUACUUGUGGCUACUAUUUCUUCAUUCUUAUUUGGAUACCAUCUUGGAGUAGUUAAUGAACCACUUGAGAGCAUUUCUGUGGAUCUUGGCUUUAGCGGGAAUACAUUGGCAGAAGGUCUGGUGGUGAGUAUAUGUCUUGGCGGUGCUUUGAUUGGAUGUCUACUCAGUGGUUGGAUUGCUGAUGGAGUGGGCCGUCGUAAAGCUUUCCAAUUAUGUUCCUUGCCAAUGAUAAUUGGUGCUUCUUUGAGUGCGGCAACAAACAACUUGUUUGGCAUGCUUGUUGGAAGGUUAUUUGUUGGCACUGGCCUGGGUCUUGGUCCCCCUGUUGCUUCUCUGUAUGUGGCAGAGGUUUCUCCUGCUUCUGUGCGGGGUACGUAUGGAGCCUUCAUCCAAAUUGCAACGUGUCUCGGUUUAAUGGGGGCUCUAUUUAUCGGAAUCCCUGUCAAAGAAAUAUCUGGAUGGUGGCGGGUUUGCUUCUGGUUAUCAAUCAUUCCAGCUGCUACACUUGCUCUUGCUAUGUUUUUUUGUGCAGAGUCACCGCACUGGUUAUACAAGCAAGGGAGAACUACUGAAGCAGAAGCUGAGUUUGAGAAGCUUCUUGGAGGAUCAGAAGCAAAAUUUGCGUUUGCAGAGUUAUCCAAGGUGGAUAGAGGGGAUGACAGUGAUACUGUGAAGCUCUCAGAAUUGCUAGCAGGUCGCCACUUUAGAGUUGUUUUUAUUGGAUCAACCCUAUUUGCUUUACAACAGCUAUCUGGUAUAAAUGCUGUUUUUUAUUUCUCUUCGACUGUUUUUAAAAGUGCUGGAGUGCCAUCUAGCCUUGCAAAUGUCUGCAUAGGAGUUGCUAAUUUGUCAGGAUCUGUCAUAUCAAUGGUUUUAAUGGAUAAACUAGGAAGGAAGGUGCUUCUGUUUUGGAGCUUCUUUGGCAUGGCUAUUGCAAUGGUCCUUCAAGCCGCAGCAGCAAGUUCACUUGUACCAGACCUGGGGAAAUUAUACUUAUCUGUUGGCGGCAUGUUAAUGUUUGUCUUAACAUUUGCUCUUGGGGCUGGUCCAGUCCCAGGUCUCCUUCUACCGGAAAUUUUUCCAAGCCGAAUUAGAGCCAAGGCAAUGGCGGUCUGUAUGUCAGUGCAUUGGGUCAUAAAUUUCUUUGUUGGUUUGCUAUUCUUGCGUUUGCUCCAGCAACUUGGGCCACAGUUGCUUUACUCUAUCUUCGCAACCUUUUGCAUAAUGGCAGUAGUUUUAGUGAAGAGAAAUGUGGUAGAAACCAAAGGGAAGUCACUUCACGAAAUUGAGAUUGCACUUCUUCCACAGGACUAGAGGAUUUCACUAUACUGCACUGAAUCCGAAUUGAGUAUUUCAUCUAUUAACACAGUCCGUGUGUCGUCCGCCUUGAUAGGUCAAGAAGCUCAAGGCAGGAAUUAUGCUCUUUUCAGUAGGUGUUCCGUAGGCGGGUGAAAACAUCUCAUCUCUUUUCAGGUUCUAAAUCUUUGAUGUUUUAGGAUGGUACUGAUGAGGAUUGCGUGUAUCUCAUCAACCAUUAAAAAAUGUAUUGCAUUGUAAUAUUAACAUCUUUAUGUGACACCGAAAGAAAAAGAUCAAGUGCGUGUUGAUAAAA